CAAAGUCGCUAUGAGUAGUAACAUGAUACACGGUAAGAUAGGUGAUAUUGCCGAUGGUUUGUAGUCAUGACGGCUGUUGCUCACCGGAUUUCGGGUGAACAUUGAAGAUUCGUCUAGGAUCGUUCAGGAUGGGGGGACUGGUCUUGUUAUUUACAAAACGAGACGUGCGCCAUCUGGAUAGUCUUCAGUAUACUCAGCUUCUCAACGCAAUACAUCCUACCUCUACAGCAAUACAUCAUGCCUGAAGUCUAUGCAGCUCCCCCGGAUUUCGCCUUCCCGCGAAACUUCAAGGGCUAUGGCGAAAAAGGCCUCGAAGGCUUGAAGUGGCCGAAUGGCGCAAAGAUAGCAGUCUCUUUCGUCAUCAACUAUGAGGAGGGUGGUGAGCGAUCCGUGAUGCAGGGAGAUGGUGUCUCGGAGAUCGCUCUCCGCGAAUACCCAGCCCAGCACAAGAUCAAUGAGCGAGACUACAGCGGUGAAUCUGAGUUCGAAUACGGAUCACGACGCGGCUGGUGGCGAAUGUUCAAGCUCUUCAACGAUUACAAGAUGAAGUUCACACUGUACGCAGUAGGAUCGGCCGUCGAGGAACAGCCAGAGGUCGUUACACGCUGUGUAGAGGAAGGUCACGAUGUUGCAUCACACGCUUACCGCUGGAUUGACCACGGCGAUCUCUCAGUCGAAGCUGAGAAGCAACACAUCCGCAACAAUAUCACGGCGCUCAAGAAACUGUCCGGCUACGCCCCCAAAGGAUGGUACUUUGGGAGACCUUCGCCUCAAAGCAGGGCUCUCAUUCCUCUCGUUUACGAAGAGAUGGGCGAGGAGCUCCUUUGGGCGAGCGAUACCUACGCCGACGACAUUCCCUACUGGACCGAUCUCCCGCAAGAGCGUGGCUCUGAGAACCCCAAGGGCUGUCUCAUGGUUCCGUAUAGUUACGAUUGUAACGAUUUCAAAUUUCACACUCAAGGGACUGGGUUCCGCAGCCCGGGCGGCUUUUACGAGCACAUCAAAAACGCUUUCGACGUUCUGUACGAGGAGGGCGAGGAUGGCGCUCCUAAGAUGAUGACCAUUGGACUGCAUUGCCGUAUCAUCGGCCGCCCGGGGCGUUUCAAGGUUCUGCAGGACUUUGUCAAGUAUAUCUCGGAGAAGGAGGGUGUCUGGGUGGCAACCAGAACAGAGAUUGCGGAAGCAUUCAGGGAACAGUUCCCAUACAAGAAGGGCCAGCUAGCUUAGAUGAUAACAUGAGACCAAAUUUUACCAUUUUUGGCCUGAUCCGGUAGCUCCAGCCCCACAACACUGACUUCUCCACACUUUGUAGCACACCAUGACGGAUACGACG